CUGUGGCGUCAGCCGGUGGGCGGGGCGUUCUACGGACCAAAACAUCAGAUUUUAGAAGCAGGAAAAGAAAAAGAUCCAUCCGCGGAUCCACCGACCGGACCACCGACCCAACCACGGACACGGACUCCACCCCACGGAGAGCCGCUGCUGCUGCGGGGAAAAUGUCUUCGGGCUCCGGGAGCAGGAACACGGAACCAUGGGGAAGCUUCGACGAUAACCUCAUCCAGGGCGGCGGCUCAGCGGUCAUCGACAUGGAGAACAUGGACGACACGUCGGGCUCGAGUUUUGAGGACAUGGGCGAGAUGCACCAGAGGAUGAAGGAGGAGGAGGAGGUCGCGGCAGAGGCCGCCGCCACCGAGGACGACGUGGCCGAUGACGGAGAGUUCCUGGGCAUGAAGGGGUUAAAGGGUCAGCUGGGCCGGCAGGUGGCCGACGAGGUGUGGCAGGCGGGCAAGCGUCAGGCCUCCAAAGCCUUCAACCUGUACGCUAACAUCGACAUCCUGCGGCCAUACUUUGACGUAGAGCCGGUGCAGGUGCGCAACAGGUUGAUCGAGUCGCUGAUACCUGUCCGCAUGAUCAACUUCCCCCAGAAGAUCGCAGGCGAGCUGUACGGGCCGCUGAUGCUGGUCUUCACUCUGGUGGCAAUCCUGCUGCACGGCAUGAAGACCUCAGGAACCGUCAUCAGAGAAGGCACGCUGAUGGGCACUGCUAUCGGGACAUGUUUCGGUUACUGGCUCGGCGUCUCUGCCUUUAUCUACUUCCUGGCGUACCUGGUCAAUGCUCAGAUCACCAUGCUGCAGAUGCUGUCCCUGCUGGGUUACGGCCUGUUUGGUCCCUGCAUCGUCCUCCUUGUCACCUACAACAUCCACUUCCACUUCCUGUUCUACGGGCUAUGGCUGCUGCUCGGCGGCCUGUCCACGCUGCGCAUGGUGGCAGCGCUGCUUUCUCGGACCGUGGGUCAGACGCCGCGGCUCCUCCUCUGCGGGACGAUGGCGCUGCUGCACAUGCUCUUUUUGCUCUACCUGCACUUCAACUACCACACCAUCGUAGAAGGGCUGCUUGACUCUCUGGAAGGACACAACAUGGCACCCAUGCAGCGGGUGGCCAGAGACGUGCCCGAGGUGACGCUUAACGCCACAGCGAGGAACCCAGGGAUGCUGCUGAGCACCCACUGAGGGGAGGGGAUGGGGGAGGGA